CCCCAAAAAACGUGCCACAUCUGUGGCGGACGUUGAUACACUCUCCAAUCAUGGACCUCUUCCUGAUCUUUCUCCACAUAAUUACAAUACAAAAGGAAGUAAGAAAAGGGUCAAAAGGAUGCGCAUCGAUUCUCCGCCUCGGUCACCUUCCAUAUUGCCAAUUUCCCCCCGCCAAUCGCCACCGAAAAUUGUGAGCCUGAGUAGUGACGAAGCAGGAAACCUCUCUAUCCCCAAUAUCACUACUUCUGGCGGUAUGAUUCACAUGGCCCCUUCCGCAUGGGUUAUUCUGAGCUAUCGGGAACAGGCAAUCAUCACCCACAACGCGACUCUCAGGCUCCCACUCAAAUCAUGAUAACCUCCGCCCCUGGUCCUGGCCGUAAGAAACUUGUCGCGGCCAAAGCAAAUGGAUCCCAUGGCCAUGCAAUUCAACUUGAUCCGUCAGCUGAAUCAUCUAAGGCCAGGACACGAGCAAAGCUACGGCCAAGACCUAUCAAUAGGGAGUCAGGUAAGAAUCAAGUAACUCCCAUAGUUCCUCGACAAGUACCGGCCGAAUCCCAAUUGGAAUCCCUUGCUCCUACCCUAAGGUCAUCAUCGGCGAUGUCUUCCUUAGCUGCACAAGCUGCACAUGCUCCCGAUGAACAACAUGUUUCUCAUGCUACUCCAAGCCGUCACGAUAUUCCCGCUAGUCUGUCCCCCCUUUCGUCCGUCCCUUCGUCGAGCCCUAUUCAAAUGCACAAAAAGCCAGCCCAAUUGUCACAAGUCGAAUCAAAAACCACUUCUAGAGAUGAUGACGUUUUGAGCCACAAAGAUAAGUGGCUUAUGGGCCCGGGUAUCCCACAUACUAGACAUGAUGCUGGAUAUCAUUUUUCGAAAACAUCGAACUCAAACACUGCCGAGCCCUCUACAAAAGUCAGCGAUAUAUCUCGUGGCAACCACUCGAAGCAGCUGGCAUCAGUUUACAGCGCAAAUUGUGCCUUUCCGUCUUCGGACGUUGGUUAUGGUUCGAUGGCGUCGUCGUCAUUGAAACCAAUAAGUUUGCGAGAUAGGCAAGCGCACAUGUCCUUCGUAUGUAUUUCAACGUUCUCCUCCAAAGAUGGCUGGCGGUCUUGUCGACAAAACAAGAGCAAUGCACUAAUUCACAUUGGCUCGGGGCACCGCUAACUUGAGCCUCUUUAAUAUUUUUUUAGUUCCAUCAUUCUCGUGCAACCGCAAAGCGAUUUAUACCCCUCGGGUCUUUUUCUUCUUCCGACGAACAUGAAGAAGUAUGACUUUCCAGCGCUACCAGCGCUACCGGAACUGAUAAAGGACGUAGAUAUAAAACAUU